AUGGAGCUGUUUGUCACAGACCACACAGAGACAGAAUCACAGGAAAAAAGGAGUCUGGAUGGGAUCCUUGGGAGGCCACCAAAGCAGAGCCAGCUUCACAGCCAGAUCAGCUCCUCCCGCCGUGCGGAGCCGGGGGGCGGCGUCCCGGCGGAGCCCAGCGCCCGUCCCACGGCACACCGCACGGUGGGGGCGGGGAUACGGGAAGCGCCGGCUGCGUUCCCGUGGGUCGUGAGGGAGGCUGCGGAGCGGGAAGUUGCCCUAAGCCUUCAUUGGGAAGAAGCGUUAAAAGAAAUAGAUGAUGUCUAUGAAAAAUACAAGUCAGAAAACGAUCCUGUUCAGAAGAAACGCUUGCAGCAGCAUCUUCAGCGUGCAUUAAUCAACAGUCAAGAACUUGGAGAUGAAAAAAUUCAAAUAGUUACUCAGAUGCUAGAACUGGUAGAGAAUCGAGCCCGUCAAAUGGAAACACACUCUCAGUGUUUCCAAGAUAUGUCUGAGAACGAAAAGCCUCUAGAAAAGGCCAAGGUGGAGUCCUGCCAGCCAGAGAGAUCCUCCCGUCGACCUCGGCGCCAGCGAACCAGCGAGAGCCGUGACCUGUGCCACAUAGCAAAUGGUAUUGAUGACUGCGAUGAUCAGCCACCUAAAGAGAAAAGAUCGAAAUCUUCCAAGAAGAAAAAACGCUCCAAAGCCAAACAGGAGAGAGAGGUUUCACCUGUAGAGUUUGCAAUUGAUCCCAAUGAACCAACGUACUGCUUAUGCAACCAAGUGUCUUACGGCGAAAUGAUAGGAUGUGACAAUGAACAGUGCCCUAUUGAGUGGUUCCACUUUUCCUGUGUUGGACUCACGUACAAACCAAAGGGGAAAUGGUAUUGCCCCAAGUGCAGAGGAGACAAUGAGAAAACAAUGGACAAAUGUACUGACAAAUCAAAAAAGGAUAGGAGAUCGAGGUAGUGAAAACAAUUUAUGUUUUAAAGAGUUGCUCCUUUUAUAUUAAAAUGUUUCAUUUCCAGAGAACAUUGUUUUAGGAAAUGCAUAAGACUAUGCAAUAAUUUUUAAUCUAUAAUAUUAAUGGAGUAUUAAAACCUGUUAUACCUUCUGUGAUCUUUAACUUUCUGCACUGAAUAACCAAAUAAUUGAAACAGGGUGGCUUCAGACCUUUCACAGAAGACAUUACAAGCAGAUGGCGCUUGGUUUCAAUUUAACCCCAUUAGUAUUUUAAAGAACCUUGUGAAGCCUGAAAUAAUGGUGGUGGGAAAGAUACUGAAGAACUUUCAUGUUAUGGUAAAGGGAGUGAAAGGCCUCACAUCUCUGCUAGCAUCUUAACAACUGAGUUUUUCUUUAUCCCAGGUUUUACAUUUUCAGUUUUUGUGUUAACAUCAUGCAUAUGGAGUUAGGGAUUUUGAAUUCAGCUGUAACUGUAAAAGUCUUCCGAGCUAUAAGCAGACCCCUCCAGUGACUUUCAUAUAACCAGUAUGUUAUUGCAAGGAAGAAAAUACCACUAACUUAAUCCUUUCUUUUUUGCCAACAUUAAACUCUUG